CUGAAACCCUCCGAAAAUAUACAACAAAACCAAAAACGUAAGCCUAAAGCUCAACCAGCUCUUUUCUGGCAGCCGUAACGAGCACUUUCCCGGUAACAUGGAUCCUCACCAUACAGAAUCAUGGACGAACGAGAAGCACCUUCACUUCUUGAAGUCAAUGGAGGCUUCUUUUGUCCGCACAAUGCUCGAAAAUAACGCUCGUAUCCUCCGCCUCGACCGUUACUUGCCGGAUAGUUCUGAAUCAACUUUAGAUUUGAAAUCUCAGAGACCUAAAAAGCAUGCUACUUCAGUAGAUCAUUACAAUAUUAGUGGUUCAAGGUCAAGAACGAAUGGCAGGAGCGACAGGAGAACAAGAAGAUUAUCAUCUAAUCGCCCAUCUCAGCGCCAUGCUCCGUCUCAAGAUCAGGUGGUCCCACAGCUUGAGAAUAGAAGUGGUGAUAAAGAGGAAAGAGACCCUCCCAAUGUAGCAGCAGCAGUAGUUGCAUACGUGGCGCCUGCCAAUUGAGAGAGAUGCUUUACCAAUAGAUGAAUGAUUCCUUGUUUCUUUUAUGCGCUAAUCACUGAUUUGCUAGAGUUUUAUUAGAUUAGUAUUGGCUAAUUAAUGUAGACAAGGUGCAGUUCUUAAGCAAGUAUCUUUAUAUGUCCUACUACAGGAUGUGAUAUGAUCAAGACUGGUUUUUUUAUUUUUGUUCUCCAAGGAAGAGAUUGCAAGCUGUAUUCCAUAAUUCUCUCUUAAUUACUGCCCUAUUACAAGGAUUGUUUUCUUUUUAAAAUUUUGAGAAAAAAUAAAUAUAUAUUUUUUUCAUUUGUAA